AUUUGAGUCAAAUGUUUGUGUGUUUUAAUGUUUUCAUUGAUUUAAUUACUUAUUGAAAGACUCAUUAAAUGUUUAAUUCAUUGAUUUAAUUAUUGUUUGCUUUGAUUUUUUAUUAAUUAAUGACAACUAAAGGGUUGAAAAUGUUUAAAAUAAUUGCAAUUAAUUUAAAUGAUAUAAUGAUAUACAAGUGAUAGUUAUAACUACAGUAUAAAUGAUGACAACUUUAACAUAAAAAUAAAAUAUCAUAUGAUAUAAGCAAUUAGUGUAAUAAUUGGUAAUUUUGGGACCAAAUGAAUGAAGAAUGAGAUGAGUGGACUUCAAUCACGGAUCAGACAUCAAACCAAUGAUGAGAUGAAACACGAGUCACAACCGCUAACAUCUGUGACCACUAGUGAGUCGAUGACCACAACUACGGCCACAAACAGCACCAGUUGUAGCAAUAAUAAUGUGACCAACAUUUCAGUCAACCAAAGCUUUUAUAACAAUUGUCUAUCAAUAAGACAAGAGAUCCAGAGGUUUGAAUCAGUUCAUCCAUCCAUUUAUGCCAUCUAUGACCUCUUGGAUCUCAUAUCUGAUCCACUUUUGGCACAACAAAUACGGGAACACGUCGUCUGUAUUGAAGACUCUUUUGUGAACAGUCAAGAGUGGACAUUAAGUCGAGCCGUUCCCGACUUACGUCUGGGUAUUGUUGGUUGUUUAACAAGUGGUAAAUCAGCGCUCGUACACCGAUACCUAACCGGCUCAUACCUUCAGGAUGAGUCCCCCGAAGGCGGAAGAUUCAAGAAAGAAGUGAUAAUUGAUGGUCACAGCCAUCUUUUGUUGAUUCGCGAUGAGGGAGGACCACCUGAGAUGCAGUUCAGUUGUUGGGUCGAUGCCGUCAUAUUUGUGUUUAGUCUUGAAAAUGAGACUUCAUUUAAUACAAUACAUAAUUAUUACCAAAAGAUGUUUCACUACAGAAAUUCAUCAGACAUUCCCAUAUUUCUCGUCGGCACUCAAGAUGCUAUUAGUGAAAGCAAUCCUCGAUUAAUUGAUGACAAUAGAGCCCGAAAACUGGCCGCCGAUCUCAAGAGGUGUUCCUAUUAUGAGACGUGUGCUACAUAUGGACUCAAUGUUGAGAAAGUGUUUUAUGACGCUUGUCAGAGGAUUAUUCAAAAUAAAGUUAAUGAUUCUCAACACAUAAUAACAAAUUCCAGACCAAAUACUCCCAGUUGUUUAGGCUUUUAUCGCCAGUUCCCCAUAAACUCAACUGUUGCCUCAUCUGAAGCAUCAAAUGGCAUUAUUAAUAAUAAUAAUACACUUUUUAAAUCUGUUAAAACAUCACCAAUUCAUACUAAUCCUCCUAAUAUAAUCUCAACUCCACAAGUCAAGCAAUUGACAACUCAACUAAAUAAUAGUCAAAACAAAAUACAUUUAAAUAAUAAUAAUAAUAAUAAUAAUAGCAAAAACAACAAAAAUAAUAAUAUAAUAACAAAUCAGAAAAUUGUAUCUGAUUUGGUACCACUGCCUCAUAAAAGAAACGAUUUAAAAACAACUGAUUCAUCAAAAGCUGCACUCAUUGUUCACAAAACAUUAGCUGAACAGUCAAGCAAUCAGUUAAGUGUUCAAAAAGAUACCAAAGAUUUGCCGACUCCUAGCUCUACGCCAACCACUACCCGAAAGACGAGGCGACGCUCUAAUCUAUUUCCACCCUUAAGUAAUAAAAAACAUUUGGAAGACAAGUACAAAAUUAGUGAACUCGGCAGCGGUCGGACCAUUCCGUUAAAACAAGGAUAUCUUUACAAGAAAAGUAUUAAAACUUUAAAUAAGGAUUGGAAGAAAAAAUAUGUGACACUUACCACUGAUGGCAGACUUACAUAUCACCCAACACUUCAUGACUAUAUGGAAGAUAUUCACGGAAAGGAUAUUCCAUUAAAGCACAUAACUGUCAAAAUUCCCGGUCAAAAGCCUAGAGGAUCGCGAUCUACUCAACCCAUAGUUUCUCCUAAUAAUGACAUUAUUUCAGAUCUCAAUUCUAUGAAUUUAGGUAAUAGUAAUAUCGACCAGAAAUUAAUGCCUAUAACAAACCCUAAGUCAGAUCUUUCGAGUGUAAAGAAGCGCAACCGUAAAGCCAAAAGUGGUGGACAUAAAAAUAGUGAUUUAGCGGAUGACUCGGAUAGUUAUGAAUUUACAAUUGUGUCUCUAGAAAACAAACACUGGUAUUUUGAGGCCAAUAGUUCUGAAGAUAGGGACAGUUGGGUCACUGCUAUUGAACAACAGAUCCUCUCUAGUUUGCAGAAUCUUGAGAGUGAAAAAUCAAAAUUAAAGAACGGCUCUUCAGUAGAUGAAUCGGCCAUUCAAUCAAUACGAACGGUUCCCGGAAAUAAAUAUUGUGUUGAUUGCGAUUCUCCCAAUCCUGAUUGGACAUCACUAAAUUUAGGUGCACUCAUAUGUAUUGAAUGUUCAGGUAUUCAUCGCAAUUUGGGGACUCAUAUCUCCAAAGUUAGAUCACUUUGUUUGGAUGACUGGCCUGCCGGACAUAUUGCUGUUAUGAUGGCUUUAGGCAAUACAACAGUCAAUACUAUUUGGGAAUAUGAUCUCAGAAACCGAGCGAAACCCACACCUAAUUCAAGUCGUGAAGAGAAAGAGCGAUGGAUUCGAGUCAAGUAUGAGUUAAAGGACUUUUUGGCCCCAAUUACUGACGUGACUCGUAUUGAACAACAACUGGUCGAUGCAGUCCUCAAAUCCGACAUAAAACAGUUGUCCUUAAUUUUGGCUCAUUUUUCAACGAAAGAUCAAAAUAUAUCAUUUUAUACGCGAGAAGUUAAGACACCUUUACAUUUGGCUGCAAAUCGCGGAUCAUUGGCUGUCAUCCAACUGUUACUUUGGCAUAACCCAAAUGUCAAAGCUAUUGAUUCAGACGGCAAGACUGCAUUGUUUUACGCCAAGACAUCGGGUCAUAAGGAAGUGGCAGAACUGCUCGUACAGAAUGGUUGUACCGAAAUGCAAGCCAUCAGUUCAACAAAUAACAGCUCAUCUCUUGCCAAACGCAGAGAUAGUUUGACUUUACUGACAGCUAAGGCUACCACUUGUGAGGCAUUAGACAGAUUGCCGGCCAGUAUUAUAUAGUUUGAUAUGAUUUUAUUUAUUUUAUAAACAUAUGUCAAUUACCGUAUUUAUAGCUAUUGUAAUGUUGAACUCCACUAUUAAUACCUAUUAUCAGUAGUUAAUGUUAUUAUAUGUUAGUACACAACUCUCCGUACUAAUUGUUAUUCAAUUAAAAAUUCAAUCGACAAUAACUUAUAAUAAAUUAUUUAUAUGUGAUUUAUAUAUA